GAAGAAUCUGACCUCAGCGAUGGCUUUCUACAAAGUGAUCUGUGUGGCGACUCUGCUGACUCUCCUGACACAAGAGUCUCACUCACAACUAAAUGUGUGUGGUCGGCCUGUGCUUAACACCAAGAUUGUUGGAGGGCAGGUGGCCUCUGCAGGCAGCUGGCCCUGGCAGGUCAGUCUGCGAACCUCUGGGUUCCACUUCUGUGGAGGAACCCUCAUUAACAAUCAAUGGGUGCUGACUGCUGCUCACUGCUUCUACAGCACAGGCAUAGACCCAAACGAUGUGGCUGUGGUUCUGGGUGUCCAGGCUCUACAGGGAUCAAACCCUAAUCAAGUGACUCGGACAAUAUCACAGACCAUAAUUAAUCCCAACUAUAACUCCAAUACUCAUGACAACGACAUCUGCCUCCUGAAGCUCUCCUCACCAGUAACUUUUACCACCUACAUCCUGCCCGUCUGUCUGGCAGCCCCAGGCAGCACCUUCUACAAGGGGACUGAAGCCUGGGUCACUGGCUGGGGCAACAUUGCAAGUGAUGUGUCCCUUCCUUCCCCGGGAAACCUAAUGGAGGUGCAGGUGCCGAUUGUGGGGAACAGAGAGUGUAACUGUAACUAUGGAGUGGGCUCAAUCACUAGCAACAUGAUGUGCGCCGGGUUAAGUGCUGGAGGGAAGGACUCCUGUCAGGGGGAUUCAGGAGGUCCGAUGGUGAGCAAGCAGGGCGGUCGCUGGAUCCAGGAGGGAAUUGUCAGUUUUGGUAACGGCUGUGCCCUGCCUAAUUUCCCAGGAAUUUACACCCGAGUGUCCCAGUAUCAGUCCUGGAUCAACAGUCAGAUCACCAGCAACCAGCCAGGCUUCAUCACCUUCACGUCCAAUGGGACUGACGGUGACCUCAGCGUCACCUGUCCUGGCCUGCCACCACCUCCAACCACCAUCACUCCAACCACACGCACUUCCACCACCAUCACUCCAACCACGCGCACUUCCACCACGUCUCUCUCCUCAGUGUGUGGUCGGCCUGUGCUCAACAACAAGAUUGUUGGAGGGCAGGUGGCCUCUGCAGGCAGCUGGCCCUGGCAGGUCAGUCUGCAAAUCUUUGGUUACCACUUCUGUGGAGGAACCCUCAUUAACAAUCAAUGGGUGCUGACUGCUGCUCACUGCUUCUACAGCACAGGCAUAACCACAAGCACUGUGACUGUGUCUCUGGGUCUCCAGAGUCUACAGGGAUCAAACCCCAAUCAAGUGUCUCGGACAGUAUCACAGAUCAUCAUUCAUCCCAACUUUAACUCUCGAACUUUUGACAACGACAUCUGCCUCCUGAAGCUCUCCUCACCGGUGAUUUUCACCACCUACAUUCAGCCCGUCUGCCUGGCAGCCACAGGCAGCACCUUCUACAAGGGGACUCUCUCCUGGGUCACCGGCUGGGGCGAUGUUGGAACUGGAGUGAACCUUCCUUCCCCAGGAAACCUGAUGGAGGUGCAGCUGCCGAUUGUGGGGAACAGACAGUGUAACUGUAACUACGGAGUGGGCUCAAUCACAAGCAACAUGAUGUGCGCCGGGUUAAGUGCUGGAGGAAAGGACUCCUGUCAGGGGGAUUCAGGAGGUCCGAUGGUGAGCAAGCAGAGCGGUCGCUGGAUCCAGGAGGGAGUCGUCAGUUUUGGAAGAGGCUGUGCCGAGCCUAAUUUCCCAGGAGUCUACACCCGAGUGUCCCAGUAUCAGUCCUGGAUCAACAGCCAGAUCACCAGCAACCAGCCAGGCUUCCUCACCUUCACGUCCACUGGGACUGACGGUGACCUCAACGCCACUUGUCCUGGCUUGCCAGCACCUCCAACCACCCGACCUUGGCUGUCCCCGUCCCCGUCCUCGCAGAAGUACUCAUCAGUGUCUCGGUCCAUUUGUGGUCAGCCAACACUCAACACCAAGAUUGUUGGAGGACAGGUGGCCUCUGCAGGCAGCUGGCCCUGGCAGGCCAGUCUGCAAACCUCUGGGUUCCACUUCUGUGGAGGAUCCCUCAUUAACAAUCAAUGGGUGCUGACUGCUGCUCACUGCUGUGCAAGAACAGGCAUAACCACGAACACUCUGACUCUUGUUCUGGGUCUCCAGAGUCUGCAGGGAUCAAACCCCAAUAAAGUGUCUCAGUCAGUAUCACAAAUCAUCAUUCAUCCCAACUAUAACUCCAUCACUAAUGACAACGACCUCUGCCUCCUGAAGCUCUCCUCACCGGUGAUUUUCACCACCUACAUCCAGCCCGUCUGCCUGGCAGCCCAAGGCAGCACCUUCUACAGCGGCACUGGAGCCUGGGUCACCGGCUGGGGCACCAUUGCAACUGGAGUGUCCCUUCCUUACCCAGGAAACCUGAUGGAGGUGCAGGUUCCGGUUGUGGGGAAUAGACAGUGUAACUGUAACUAUGGAGUGGGCAGGAUCACUAGCAACAUGAUCUGCGCCGGGUUAAGUGCUGGAGGGAAGGACUCCUGUCAGGGGGAUUCAGGAGGUCCGCUGUUGAGCAAGCAGGGCGGCCGCUGGAUCCAGGAGGGAAUCGUGAGUUUUGGAAUAGGCUGUGCCCUGCCUAAUUUUCCAGGAGUCUACACAAGAGUGUCCCAGUAUCAGUCCUGGAUCAACAGCCAGAUCGCCAGCAACCAGCCAGGCUUCAUCACCUUCACUUCCACUGAGACUGACAGUGACGUCAGUGUCAACUGUUCUGGCCUGCCACCAAUUACAACCACCCUCGCUCCAACAACCCUCACUGCAACAACCCUCACGCCAACCACCCUCACUCCAACAACCCUUACUUCAACCACCCUCACUCCAACAACCCUCACUGCAACAACCCUCACGCCAACCACCCUCACUCCAACAACCCUUACUUCAACCACCCUCACUCCAACAACCCUCACUGCAACAACCCUCACGCCAACCACCCUCACUCCAACAACCCUCACUGCAACAACCCUCACGCCAACCACCCUUACUCCAACAACCCUUACUCCAACCACCCUUACUCCAACAACCCUUACUCCAACCACCCUAACUCCAACAACCCUUACUUCAACCACCACCACUACAACCACCACCACUACAACCACAGUCACUCCAACUACCCUUACUUCAACCACUCUAACUCCAAACAUCACCUCUACAAUACCUCGCACUCGGACCACCCGCACUUCAACCACCCGCACUCCAAACAAACGCAUUCCAACCACCCGCACUCCAAACAAACGCUUUCCAACCACCCGCACUCCAAACAAACGCAUUCCAACCACCAUCAAGCCAACCACCCGCACUUUGACCACUAUCCUUCCAAAAUCCCGCACUUCGACCACCAUCACUCCAACAUCCCGCACUUCAACCACAAUCCCUCCAAAAUCCCGCACUUCGACCACCAUCACUCCAACAUCCCGCACUUCAACCACAAUCCCUCCAACAUCCCGCACUUCAACCACCAUCACUCCAACAUCCCGCACUUCAACCACCAUCACUCCAACAUCCCGCACUUCAACCACCAUCACUCCAACAUCCCGCACUUCAACCACCAUCACUCCAACAUCCCGCACUUCAACCACCAUCACUCCAACAUCCCGGACUUCAACCACCAUCACUCCAACAUCCCGCACUUCAACCACCAUCACUCCAACAUCCCGGACUUCAACCACCAUCACUCCAACAUCCCGCACUUCAACCACCAUCACUCCAACAUCCCGCACUUCAACCACCAUCACUCCAACAUCCCGCACUUCAACCACCAUCACUCCAACAUCCCGCACUUCAACCACCAUCACUCCAACAUCCCGGACUUCGACCACCAUCACUCCAACAUCCCGCACUUCAACCACCAUCCCUCUUACCACCCGCACUUCAACAACCAUCUCUUCAAUAACCCGCACUUCGACCACCAUCACUCCAACAUCCCGCACUUCAACCACCAUCCCUCUUACCACCCGCACUUCAACAACCAUCUCUUCAAUAACCCGCACUUCGACCACCAUUGAUCCAACAGCCCUCUGAUGAUUCUGGCGGGUUCAAUAAUGUGUGAGCAGGGCCGCUCCUGGUUUCAGACAGCAGUGUUAUCAUUUGGAAGCAAUCCACGAACAUCACCAGCAACAACACCAACAGCCAACAAUAUAACCACCACCAGUGGGGCCACUCUUGCUCACUCUACCUUCUUUUUCUUUUCAUCAUCUUCUCUGUGUUAGAAAUUCUGGACGCUAAGUGCUUUCUCUAUAAAAUGAAGGGGGUAAAAUGAAACUAUAGGGACCAUAAGGAUAUCUGCAUCUGUUUAUAAUGAUUUUCAUUUAAUACAAUUAAAAAUAUAUAAGAUGUAAUCUAUAAUUUAUAAUUAAUUAAUCUAUAAAUAUAUAUAGAUAGAUAGAUACAUUAUGCACAAGACAAAAUGAUGAUUUGUUUACAUAAAAGCUCCCCCUCAAAUAACUGAAAACAGGAUGGUAUUUAUUGAUUAUAUGGCAGAUUAAAUUACUUUGAUAUAAUUUCCUACAGUCAUUGCCAAAUUAAUUGAAGAAAAACUUAAAGCAGCAUAUUUUAGAGGUCAGAGGAACAGCAACAAUGGUCAGCCUCUCCAUCAUCUACCUCAUAUUAUCAGAGCUACUGUACCAUUAUGUACAUUUCCAUCUGAAGUGAACAUGCAGCAUUUGUAGUAAAAAAAACUUAAGCUGAUGAUUAUUUGGUUAGAAAGAUAAAUGUCAGUUUUAAUUAUUGCCUAGAUAUGCCAUGAAAAACUGUGCUGUAGAUGUGAAAUGUGCUGAACAACUUCCACCUUUAUCUUUUUGUUUCAUAAUAACCUGCUUUUAAAUAAAUUUAAAAAGUGUGACCAA